AUGUCCGUUUCUGUGCUUGCCACCAAUAGAUUGUCUGCCCUUUUGGCACCCAACAAUUAUCAAAAGAUGUGGCGAUCUUAUCGCUUCUGGAUUGGAGUUGCAAUUCAAUUAAUUCCGGGCUGCGCAAUGGCAAUUAGCACAUUUUUCAAUUCAACUCAAUUAUAUCGAAACGAUUCGGGUGGAAUUGUGCCAAAAUUCAUCAAGUAUCUAUAA